AAGAGGUCUUUUACCGUAACUGGGAGUGUGUGGUUACUUUUCGACUGACAUGCAGGUGUUGCCAAACAGCAGCUGCUCUUCAGCUCAACGUGAGUCUACUAUCCUUGUUUUACGGUCUGAAGCAGCGAUAUAUGAUCGAUAAUAUUGCUUCAGCUGGCUUGUUUGCUGCCUUGAAGGUUCAUGUGGUUAGCUUAGCCUGUUGUACUUUGAUCUUUGAUAUCGACGUUGCCGUUGACGCGGCGGAAGCAACGAACGGAACCAGAACUGUCAUAUUAAAAGUCAACAGUAACCAGGCAUAAAGGACAGACCUGGAACUUCUUUGUUUACAAGAUGAAGAUGUGCCAACAGCUGGAUCAGUUUUCCUCAGAGCUGUCAGUUCACAGCAGAGUUAUCUGAUUUCACUGCCUCUAAUUCCUCAAAACAAACCGUUUUCAAUGUUGAUCUGAAGAGUUCGGAUCAGACCUCUUUAUUUGUUGAAGUUAUUUGAGCUGCCGUCGGGUUCAACUCUUCGUUUUCAUCAAUGCGCCAAUGGAAGGUUUUCUUCAGUCAGCACAUGCGAUGGUCCAGCGCUUUCACUCAAGCCCUCACCCUGUCCAUCAUCACGUUCUGCGUCGUCCUGCCUCUGUGCUGCCAUCGCCUGCUCUAUUCCUACUUCUUCAGGUUCACGUACCUGAACUCCAUGAGCGAUGAGGUCCUACAGAAGAGCCUUGAGCGAGGCCAGGAAGCUCUGCACUUCUGGCAGAGCGGCUCUCCGAUGGAGUUGACCAGAUUCAGCGACGUCGCCCAGAAUCCGGAGCUGCUGGUGACCGUGGUGACGACCAGGCGCAACGAGGGACGGGACUUCCACUACCUGCUCCAGGUGAUGCGGCAGCUGAGCAGAAUCGCGGCUGACUGUGGGGGUCGGCGAUGCGCCGAGGUGCUGCUUUGCGACGUGGAGAGCGGCCCGGAGGAAAACCAGGACGCAAAGCUGCUGGAGGGUCAUUUCAAGGUCAUACGGCGUUCAAGUCAAGAGCAGCAGGCCAACAGGGAGUCACCCAACACCUUCGAGAGGGAGAAGAGGGAUUACGUGUUCUGCCUCCGCCAGGGAUGGGAGCUGGUCAAGCCCAAGAACAUGAUCCUCCUGGAGGACGACGCUCUGCCUGGAGAGGACUUCUUCACAGUGGUUAAGGAUCUGCUUUCUCGCCGGUUCGCCCUCCACACACUGUACAUCAAGCUGUAUCACCCUGAAAGGCUGCAGCGCUACUGGAACCCCGAGCCGUACCGCAUCCUGGAGUGGGUGGGGCUCGGUUUGGUGGGUGCAACCGCGCUCCUCCUCUCAAUCCCUUACUGUAACCCCUUCUCCCUCUCCUUCACUCUGUCGGCCAACCACCUCGUCUUCUUCACCCUCUACUUUAUGGUGGCCGCCGAGCUGAUAGGAAGGCACUACCUCUUGGAGGUGCGGAGAAUCUCCCCGCAGCUCUACGCCGUCUCCCCGGCAACCGAGUGCUGCACCCCGGCCAUGCUUUUCCCCGGCAACGCUUCGCUAAGGGUGGCGGACUUCCUGGAUGGCUCGUUCUGCUACAAAGGGAACGCCAAGGAUAUGGUUCUUUACCGCAAGGCCAGGACCACUCCCGGAGAAAGAGCGCACAGCGUGGAACCCAACCUCGUCACGCACAUCGGGGCCUAUUCCUCAGUCAGACCCAACCCAUCCAGGCCCAAACUCCUCUAAAAAAACCCACUUCACUGCAAAAAGUGGUUUUUGGUCUAGUUUUUGGUGCAGAUAUAUUGGUACACUUAAAAUAAGACACAAAUAACUUAUAAGUAACUUUUCAUCAAGAUAAAAUAGCUUAAAGUGCUAGUUCUUCUGGCAAAUUAUUCGACUGAUAACAUGGGAAAAAUGUCUUAUGCACUGAAACAAAGAUUUGAGCUCCAGCUUAUAAAAUAUGUAGUUAAUUUGUUACAUGUAAUCACAUUAAGUUUGCCAAACUAUAAUAUAACUUAAAAUAUUUACGUGGAUUAACUUAAUUUGAUUACUUAUAACAAAUUAACAAAUUUUUUUAAGUUGAAUCUUUUCAGUGUAAGUGAACUACUACUUUUUUUUGUCAAUAUUAAGGAAUUAUUUUCUUAAAACAUGCACCUAUUUAUUGCAGAAAAUUUACUUGUGAGCUAGUGUGGUCUUAUUUCAAGUGUACUAAGAUAUUUGCACUAAAAAUGAUUGUGAAGAUGUGUUUUUGUCGUGUCGGGUUCACUUUUUUCUGUCACAUCAUAAAGGCAGAACAUGUUGAUUUUUGGUUUGGAAAUGUUAUGGAUGUUUAAACAGGUUGCAAAUCUUUAGCUUUGUUUGACUGCAUUUUACUUUACUCACUCUUUUCCACCUGAGUUGCACUUUUAGUUUCAGCUGCCUUCACCAGUUUCUGUCUUUUGUAUUAAGUUGGUUUAAGUUGGGAAAAAAUAAAAUAAAAUAAAAGCUGCCUGUUGCAUAGAAAGCAAUACAACUGAAUGAGGUAGCUUUAAUUGUUUUCUAUAUUUUAAAACAUGACAAAGGUGAUUAGCUUUUCAAAUGGGUUCUGGUAUUUUUAUUAUUAUUAUUAUUAUUAUUAUUUACCCAUACUUUUGGAUAUGUACGUUUGCUACGGGAUGUUUUAUAUUCACUUUAAAAACUGACAAAUUAAAAAGGUUUUCCUAAAAUCAUACUUUUAAUCUAUUAGAAGAAAUGAGGUUAUGGAAUCUGUUAAAUAUCAUUUACAGGCAGAAGAUCAUCAGGAGUUAUUUUGGCUUGAUCUAGGGUCUUAAUGUGAAAUAUUUCCAUAGGUCAGCUGGCCCAAAAAAUAAGCAAUUGGCAAAUUCUAAAUUUAUGACUUUAAUGGCAACUUCACUUGCAAGGCGCACGCCACAAAGAUAUACGUUUAAAGAUUUAUUGAUGAAGGGGUGAGGGAUGAAAGGAUGAAUGAUCUUGAUUUGGUCAUUGGGGAGAAUAAUGGUGAGUUUGGGAAGUGAAGACUGCGUGGGGGUUUGGUCUUCGGGAGACAGCAAAUUAAACCUGUGUCCAUUUUGUUUCAUAACUUUGGCUUUGCAGAUUUAUUUGCCUUGCUUUAUUUUUAAAAUUGGAUGAG